GAACGGAUCACAAUUAGCUCGAGAAAUGGAAUAUCGUGGAUAGCUUCAAGACGUCACAUCCGUACGAUGCUCAGGAUCCGUAUUUAUCAUGCAGGAUGCCGGUGAGUAGCUCAGUUAUGCCUCUCUUUGCUCCUCUCAUCAUCCAUGGUACAUCCAAAGCGUCCAGCAACAAUACAGUCUUCGAUGUCCAGAAUCCAUACACCAGUUCAGUAGUGGGAAUGACUGCCUCUGCAAUCUUCCACAAUGUCGCCCAAAUGCUCCAAACUCCAGAAUACAACGAGGUCAUCGCUCUAUCUCAAAUCAAAACUGGAGCAAACGGAACGGCCGUCAGCAACUGGCAGAUUGCUUAUGCCUUUAUCUACAGCAUCGUCUCCUUUUGCCACUAACUUCACGGAAAACAUUCCCCAUCAGACGCUAUUUCAGGCUCGCAGGUUAUCGGCCAUGUAUGUUGUCAUCAUCACUUACAUUCGCUUGGCUUCUCCGUUUGUCCGUCAGUAGCCUUGACGGC